AUGUGGGCCAUCCGGCGUGUGCAGAGGGAGUCUCAGAGGCGUGAGGCCAUGCUGACGUUGAUGAAUGAUCUGCCAGACGCUGUCCUACUCAUGUGUGACUCCCCUUUACACCACUCUCUCAGACAACCAGUCUGUCUCCCCACCCCGUCCUGUGCUCUCUCAGACAACCAGUCUGUCUCCCCACCUUCGUCCUGUGCUCUCUCAGACAACCAGGCUGUCUCCCCACCUUCGUCCUGUGCUCCCUCAGACAACCAGUCUGUCUCCCCACCUUCGUCCUGUGCUCUCUCAGACAACCAGUCUGUCUCCCCACCUUCGUCCUGUGCUCCCUCAGACAACCAGUCUGUCUCCCCACCUUCGUCCUGUGCUCUCUCAGACAACCAGUCUGUCUCCCCACCUUCGUCCUGUGCUCCCUCAGACAACCAGUCUGUCUCCCCACCUUCGUCCUGUGCUCUCUCAGACAACCAGUCUGUCUCCCCACCUUCGUCCUGUGCUCCCUCAGACAACCAGUCUGUCUCCUCACCUUUGUCCUGUGCUCCCUCAGACAACCAGGCUGUCUCCCCACCUUCGUCCUGUGCUCCCUCAGACAACCAGUCUGUCUCCCCACCUUCGUCCUGUGCUCCCUCAGACAACCAGGCUGUCUCCCCACCUUCGUCCUGUGCUCCCUCAGACAACCAGGCUAGGCUGUCUCCCCACCUUCGUCCUGUGCUCCUUCAGACAACCAGAGGAGUCCUGUGGUCCCAAUCACACAUCAACACAAUGCAGCUAACUGGGGAUUGUUCUGUGAUUUCCUGUUGUUGUCCCCCCGGCCGUGAGAGGUACUUCAUAAUGGGCUUCCCAACCCACCACCGCAGGAGCCAAUCAGCAGGCAGCUGA